ACAGAUCAGGAAAUAGAGAAAGCCGUGCAGAAAAUUUAAACUCUCUGAUUAUUUUAAUUCUAAAGCAACUUCAGGCAAGAACCGUACGAGUCUGGGUCUACAAGACAGAAAUGGCCUCGGUUCCAGGACAGCCCAGCUCCACCCGCAGAAUUAUCCGGAUGACAUAUCUAAUAGCCACAGUUGAUAUUUCCUGUCUGUUCAUGCAGUUUGCAGUGACACCACAACUGACAAAGAGACUUGGUAUGGACACAGUUGCUUUUGGUUAUCUUCAAACAUUCUUUGGCAUUCUCCAAUUACUCGGUGGCCCCGUCUUUGGAAGGUUCUCAGAUCAAUAUGGCCCCCGAGCUGCCCUCGCUCUCUCCUUUCUGUCCUCGUCCCUAUUUUACCUGAUCCUGGCAUUUUCCACCAGCAUUCCAUUUCUCUUCCUGUCCAGACUUCCAUGUUUCUUCAUGCAUGGACUACCAGGGGCUCAGAUGAUCAUCACGGACCUGACGACAGACAAGGAGCGAGCAGAUUCACUAGGAGUUCUUGGUCUCUGUUUUGGAAUAGGAAUCAUUAUUGGCUCAUCCAUUGGCGGGUUCCUAGCUACACGAUAUGGCCUCUAUACGCCCUCCUUCUUUGCCCUGGCAGGAAGCCUUCUCAGCGUCAUGAUGGUGAUGGCGUUUUUUCCGGCGCAAACCAAACAAAAGAAACAAGAAUCAACAUCUGAACAAAAAACAUCAAAAUCCUCUAGCGUGUUCAACUUCGGUGAACUUGGACGACUCAUGAAAUUUCCAGGCGUGACAGCAAUUUUUACCAUAAAAAUACUUUCAGGAUUUCCAAUAGGUCUGUUCAUGAUUAUGUUUCCCAUCACUUCUGUUGAUUUCUUUGGCCUGGACACAGCUGGUUCUGGAUAUUUAAUGUCUUAUUUUGGCAUUCUUCAACUGGUUAUUCAGGGAGUUUUGGUCAGCCUCCUGGUCAGACGAUUCUCAGAAGAUGCUCUUCUCUCCCUGAGUAUGGUGGUCUCCAUGGCAGUUGGACUUGCAAUGAUGGUAAUGACAAAUGUGUUUCAUUUCUGCAUUAUCGCCAUCCCCAUGAUAUUUGUACUGUGUAUCUCAGGUGUUAUUACAGACAGUAUACUGACUAAGUCUGUCCCUCCUUCAGACACAGGUGCCAUGCUUGGUAUCUGUGCCUCUAUACAACCUUUCACACGUACCAUCGGCCCAACCAUUGGAGGAUACUUGUAUAAACAUUAUGGAGUUCCAUCAUUUGGGUUCUUUAAUUUGAUAGUUAGUCUUUUAUUAUUAAUCUAUUUUUUCAGAGUUCAAGACAGUAGAAAAAAAACAUAACUAGGAUUUUUAGAAAAUUGUUGUUUUAUUUUUAUCUGUUUUUAAUGGAAGCAUUCCAACACUGGUUAAUAGAAUUUAAAAAAACAAAGCACAAAUAGGCUGUGAUUAUCUAGAAAAAACAUGCAGAAUGUUGGGGUCAAAUGCUAAACUUGGAACCCUCAGCAGGAACAUUCAAAUGAUAUCAGUGAUGAUUGCUUCAAAUGUAUGAACUUCCCGAGAAUUGCUGCAGUUUUGAUUCGAUAAACAUUGUUCGUGGUAAAGUAAUUAUUUUUAACAUUCAUCCAAAAAUCUAAAUAAAUUGAAUGAGAAAAGUCACGAAAUAUUGCCCAAUGGGUAUAAAAGAAUCACAAAUGCCUCUCUGAGACGUCAUCUUGAAUAGGAAGAGAAAACAUAUGGAACAUGCACGUCUCCAUGCAUGGCAAUGUUCACUAUGAACCCAAUUUAAAAUAUGUCACAAAUCUUACUUAAAAUGCAAAUGCUGAGUAUAUGUUUGGCCAAAAAUGAGAUUGACGUUUAGAAAGAUUAUUCGUAAUUUACUAUAUCCGUGAACAUUGCAACUGUGAUUUUUCUUCCUCUUACUUCUUGAGCAAAAGACAAGCAGUAAAUGUGUUAAAUAAAGGAUUUGUAAAAUAUUCUACUGUUCUUUUCUAUUGCCAAAACAUUAUUCAGAUCUCA